AUGGGUCGUCAUCGAGCCCACGCGCGAUUCGACCGCGCCGAGUGGCGCCUCAGAUAUCUAGUCCCCCUCUGGAUCCUCCAAAUUCUUCUCUCUAUUGCCAUAUUAGCCCUCUUCGCUACGAGAUUACGUUCCACACUAGAAGCAUGGAAGCAAGGCGGAGGUGAGGGGGGAUUUCCUCUUUUCGUCGUCAUUUGGGAAUGCUCAAACCUCGCCCUGGGAGUCGUCGCACCCUGUCUUGCAGGCUACGAGAUCUUUAGAUUCGUCCAAGAAACCUUAACACCCCGAACUGUGCUCACCACCCAAUUCAUCACCUUCGGCGUCGCAGCCGCGGCCCUCACCCUCAGUGUCUUCGUCCACACACAACGGCGCGUACCUGGUAAGGACUCUGUCAUCGGGCUCAUCCUCAGCUCGGUCGCCGUCGCCGCCUCUCUCAUCCCCGCCCUCUACGCCCUCCGUAACCACCGCCGUCUCGCCUCCUACGACGAACUCACCUACCCCACCAACACCAAACCCUACGGCUUCUUCGCCGACCCCGAAAGCCAGCAACACCUCGACCGUUCCUCCCGCGCCUCCAUCAUCAGCACCCUCUCGGGCGAAAAUAUCCCCUCCGCGCGACGCAUCUCCUCCGCCUCUUCCAUCCUCAGUAUCCGCCGGCUACCCUCCGCCGCGACGAAUCCUCCCUCCCUUGCACCACCCACCGUGACCACGACGAUCUCGGUAAGGUCCUCGCCCGCGGGGGCACCAGCACCACUGGUACCAUCAGCAUGCGAGACCGUGCCGCUGCAAGAUCUAAAUAGGCAUCAUUCGGUAUACAACCACGAGAGGGAUACGCAGUUCGACGAGUACGUCUCGGCGCGGAAUUCGCAGCUCUCGUUCCGCGAGCAUGUGGAUCAGGCGUUCGGGGCCGAGCUGGGGUGGAAUUUGGGGGCUUCUCCUUCUGCGCUCGCGGAGGGUUUGAAUAGGAAGGGGAGCGUAGUGAGUUCGGGCACGUUGGGGUCGGGCGGUGUUACGGUUGCUAGGGUGCCAAGCGGCACUGCGCAUUCACUGGGCGCGGUGCCUGAGGAGGUCGAAGAGAGGGGGGGCGAUGUGAGGAGAGGGGAUGAGGAUAGGGCGAGGGAGGCGUUGUUGGAGGAUGGGAGGCAUUAG